UCCCGCCGCCGCUAUAUGAGGCCGAGCUCGGGCCCCACGCGGAACCCGAGGCUCCGAGGCGUCCCCGGCUUCCCGACCCGCCGUGGACCCGAGGCCGGAGCGGCCGCUGCGCAGCCGAGACAGCCCGGGGCCUGCGAGGGACACGCGCCCCGGGGGUCCCCGCCGCCGGCACCAUGGGGGCUGCCCACUCCGCGUCCGAGGAGGUGCGAGAGCUCCAGGGCAAGACCGGCUUCUCAUCGGAGCAGAUCGAGCAGCUGCACCGGCGAUUUAAGCAGCUGAGCGGAGACCAGCCGACCAUCCGCAAGGAGAACUUCAACAGUGUCCCCGACCUGGAGCUCAACCCCAUCCGCUCCAAGAUCAUCCGUGCCUUCUUCGACAACAGGAACCUGCGUAAGGGGCCCAGCGGCCUGGCCGACGAGAUCAACUUCGAGGAUUUCCUGACCAUCAUGUCCUACUUCCGGCCCAUCGACACCACCCUGGGCGAGGAGCAGGUGGAACUGUCCCGGAAGGAGAAGCUGAGAUUCCUCUUCCACAUGUACGACUCGGACAGCGACGGCCGCAUCACGCUGGAGGAAUAUCGAAAUGUGGUGGAGGAGCUGCUGUCGGGGAACCCCCACAUCGAGAAGGAGUCUGCGCGCUCCAUCGCCGACGGGGCCAUGAUGGAGGCGGCCAGCGUGUGCGUGGGGCAGAUGGAGCCCGAUCAAGUGUACGAGGGGAUCACCUUCGAGGACUUCCUGAAGAUCUGGCAGGGCAUCGACAUUGAGACCAAAAUGCACGUCCGCUUCCUCAACAUGGAGACCAUCGCCCUCUGUCACUGACGCGCUCGCCCCCACCCCGGGGAGCUGGGCCUUGGAGCUGGGCAGCCCCCACGUGGCCUGGGGCACCCCCUGGCUGCAGCUCCUGUAAACUGCGCUUUGCUGUUUUUAUCUCUCCUCAUAAUAAUAAAAGAUUUGUUAAUGAAGGCAGCUGGUCAGUUCCUCCCAUCCUCAGGGUGCCCUGGGCACUUGGGGGCACAGGACUGAAUGCAAGGGGACUUCGAGAAGGUGGUGGAAAAAUGGCUUUUGGUGCAAAAAUGAAAUCUCUGCAGUUUUUUUUCCCUAAUAUACGUUUUCCACGAAUUUCUCGAAGACCCCUCUUCGCAUGGAUUUUGCAGCUUCGUGCACCCAAGUGAACUUUUCAUCUCAUUUCUUGUGAAGCUGUAGAAGCUACAGCCGCUUGUGGCAAGCCGGCCGUGGCUGAGUGGUUCUAAGAGGCUGGUCAGGAGGAGAGGCGCCCCGUCUGCUGUGGGUGUUUUGGGGGCAGUUUUGCCGUUUCCCGCCUGUGUAUGGGGGGCAGCAGGGUGAAGAAGAGCAGCCCCCGACUCCCCCCUGGGGCUUUCUGAGGGCCAGGACCAGAGCGAGGCACCCUCGGUGUGGUGAUCAGCAUGAGGACAGACGUAGAAGAGGCACGGAGCCCGGGUCCUGGGACUCGAGGCCCAGCCCCUGGCUCUGUCCAUGGACCCUGCGGGCCACUCUACGCUUCCAAGAAAGUUCUCAGUAACCAGCAAGGCCCAGUGGGGUUUGCACGAUGGGGUCUGUCACUUCUUGUUUCGGUAUUAGUGCUUUAUCUGCCUGACCCAGACCCUCACCUUGGGAGGUCACAAUGGGAAAGGUUCAGAAAGGCAAGGCGGGCGGCGUGUGUAGCAGGUCAGCUGCCUCGUGCCGUGCCAGCAUCCUGUAUGGGCGCCAGUUAGAGUCCCAGCGGCUCCAUUUUUUUUUUUUUAAAGAAAGAAUUUUUAUUUGAAAGUCAGUUACAGAGAAGGAGAGGCACAGAGAGAGGUCUUCCAUCUGCUUGUUCCCUCCCCAACUGGCCGUAAUGGGGAGCUGCACCGAUCUGAAGCCAGGCGCCAGGAGCUUCUUUCGGGUCUCCUGUGCGGGUGCAGGGACCCAAGGACUUGGGCCAUCCUUUACUGCUUUCCCAGGCCACAGCAGAGAGCUGGGUCAGAAGUGGAGCGACUGGGACCCAAACCAGCAGCUUUACUCGCUACACCAUAGUGCUGGCCCCAUAGCACUCUUACAAUAUGCAUUUUCUCUGAAUGUUCCAAAGGCCUCGUGUGUACAUAAUUUCAGCUUUUUUCUUUUGGCACCAAAGUAAGCAUCUUUUCGGUCCACUUAAAAGAACUUUCUAGGUCCCCUCCUGUGUCCCUGCUCUGUUCCUUAAACUUGAACGUCAGCUCGUCACCUGAGCCUCAGCGCCAACCACUGCACUCACGGAUAUGCUGCCGAGCACAGGAACGCACCGUCAGGUACCGCCCCCGCCGUCACCUCGGCCCCUCGCUGGAGGGCCCUGGCAUGAGGGAACCAUGGAAGAGCCCAUGGGCCACCACUGCCCCUGCCGGGGUCCCUACUGAGACCAGGCCAGGGUACGGAUUCUGUGUCCCAGCGACCCUGGGGUCUGUGCAAGCAGAGCUCUGCUCUGAGCACAAGUCACUCUGGAGCACCUCAGGGUGCCUGCGACAGAGGGUGUCCCCAAGGCCCAGCCCAGCUCCACACGGGACAGUCACACGGAGCAGGGGACAGAAAACCAGGUGUCCCCAGCUUCACUGUCACCCACCUCCUGCAGCUUCACAAAGCAGAUGUUCAGGCCUCAGCGGUUCCUAUGAAUGCAAAGCAGAGGGGUCCUGAGAAACGACCGCCGUCAGAUCCACGUGGCUCCUUGGGAAGGACACCGGGGCCCAGGGCUCCCUCUGGACAGGGCGCUGGAGGGUGGGGCUGAGCACCCUGUGGCCUGCCUUUUUUUUUUUUUUUAUUAUUGAAGAUGUAUUUAUUUGGAAGGCAGAGUUAGAGAGGUGUCUUCCAUCUGCUGGUUCACUCCCCACAUGGCCCCAACAGCUGGUGCAGGGCCAGUCUGGAGCCAGGAGCUUCUUCCAAGUGUCCCAUGCGGGUGCAGGGGUCCAAUCACUUGGGCUGUCUUCGAAUGCUUUCCCAGGCCACAGUAGAGCUGGAUUAGCAGUGCCACCUGCAGUGCUGGAAUCCCAUAAGGGCACUGGUUCAAGUGUCUGUUAUUCCACUUCUGAUCCAGAUCUCUGCUAUGUCCAGGAAAAGCAGAAGACUGGCCCCAUCCUUGGGCCCCUGCACCUGCAUGGGACACCUGAAAGAAGGUCCUGGCUUUGGAUUGGCCAGCUCGGGUAGAGGGAAAAGUGGGGAGUUGCCCAACCCCUGCUUUUUUUCACGCACAGCCCCCGAGCAGGCUGGAGCUGGGAUUCAGGGUGUCUUGUGGACGACCCACUGGCAGCAGCCUGGCCACUCCAUGCACUCCCAAGGCUGGGACCCAGGCAGUUUGGUGGCAGACAAAUGCCUGCUGGUUGUCACUUGCACCCUGGCCACUUCUGGAGGGUGGGCUCCCCUGGCGCCCCUGCCCACCCUGGCUGCCCAGGGCCCUCUUGGCUUCCUGGUUGUCAGCUCUGGGAGUCACUGGGUGGGGCUCCGUGUUGUCACUUAGCUCCUGCGCCUCCCCCUCCAAGGGGCCUGAGGGAGGCUGCAGCAGUGCCGAGCAGCAGGGGGUGCUGGCAGGGCCUCCGCAGGCCUGGCUUUUCUGGGACUCUGCUAACGUACUUGCAAUUUGUUCUUUUCACCAAAGGCAGUUCAUUAACAUCCCUUUUUUUUUUUUUUUUUAAUGUAAUGAGUCCCCUCCUGCUAGCCCAGAGGCCUGGGUUGUUGCUGGGGAGAGGUGGCUCCAGUCUGCAGCCGUGGGCCGAGGCUCGUGUGCGUGUCUUACUACAGUGAGACUGGCCGUGGUGCGGUCCACACUGCUGGGAAGCAAGCGCGUUUGCCUGUGACCACUCGGUGUGCUCUCCCCGGCAGGGUGCACGCUCCGCUCUGCUGGUGCGGGGUAGGAGUCCGCAUGGCUGGUGUCCGAUGGGGGUGGGCUCCCAGAAGCGCCACGCUAACUCCCCGGCGCCUCCUGGGGCCACUGGCCUUGGAUCAGCAAGAGCUGAGGGUUGCAGCCCUGGGCCUGGGUCUCUGGGCAGGUUGGUAACGUAGCCCGGAUGAUGGGGACACCUCACCUGGAACAGGCUGAGGGUGCGUCCUGACGUCCACUCUCAAGUAGGCACGUGAUGAGUCAAACAAGCCCGCUCCGUCCUCCUGCUGGAAAUUGCGCCCGGGACCACAAGUAAGUAGGCAGAGCCGGCCAGGGAGGCCCCUUCCCUGUCAUUCCGAAUUCUGUAGCCGUCUGCUGGGACGGGGGGAGGGCAUGGGGGUGCUGGCUUUUGUUAGGAGUGGGCAAUUUGGUCUGGGAGUUGACAAAAGGGCCGAGUAGUGGAACCAACCCGACCCGCGCAGCUUGGGGACCCUCCUGCAGCCACACUGAGCGUGCAUCAUGGAUGAGGCCGUGCAGGGAAGGCGUGGCAGCUUCAGGAGCGCAGGCUGCCAGGCUUGGACAGUCCCCUUUUCCUUGCUGGCCCCAGGACUGGGCAGUCUCAGGCCGUGCUGAAGGGGGCAGGUCAGCUGUGACCCUGACCCUCGUCAUGGAGCCUGCAGCUAACGAGGCAGAAACUGCCCCCGGCUGUGCUGGCGAUGGCGCCGUGGCUACACAGGCUGAGGGAAGAGUUAAAAAUACAAGUUGCCUCGGCGAGGGUUUCGCAAGCACCUGCCUUGAAGCUGUCCUCCCACACAGCAGUGACCUUGGGAAAGGCAAGGAGAGCGGAGUGGGCAGAGCCAGUGCCCGCAGGUGGCAGGUGAGCCCAGCCCCUGGUGAGGACGCAGUGGCCGCUCGGCCCUCUCAUCUGUUGCCCGAGCGGGCGAGAGGUAAGGCUCCGGUCUGCAGUGUCCGUACCCCCAAGGGCAGCCUGCAGCUGCCAGCACGGGCGCUCCCUCCUGUCCUGGGCCAGGACAAGGUCCCCAGUGCGGAACGUCCAACGGCUGCUUCUGGAAGCCCACGUUCAACAUCCGAGGCCAGAGCACACAUGGCCGCUGCCAGAGCCCAGCACGCGGGAACCUGCCACCAUGUAUUAGAGGCAGGCCCGCUCCAAGUCGCCGCAGGCUUGCAGCCGUAGCCAGGUAACCAUCUGGCCUGGCUGUGCAGUGCUGCGGGCAGGGCCGUGUGGCUCAUGGCGCCGCAGGCCAGCACCAUCAGCUCGCUGCCGCCACAGCUGCUGCUCAAAGCGAAGGCCCCGUGCAGGAGACGACAGCCUGGGUGAGCGGCCCUGCUUCAACAGCAGCCACUGUGCGGCUGUCUCGAGUGCUGCUUCUCCACAGCUCCGGCCUCUCAUUAGCAGAGUGAGGAGCACUGGCCCCCUAAACCGGGGUUCCGGGUUUUCGGGUGGAAUGGGGUGAAGAGCUCCCCCGAGGGGGUUGUCGGCUUGCCCUGUAGAAAGGACCAGAACUCCACUUGAGCAGAGAUUCAGGUUGGCCUUCGAUUAGCUGUCAUCUGGGCAGUCAGCAAAGCUGAGACUGCUCCUUGGUGGGGAAGGUGAUGCCACCCCUGGCGUCUCUGACCUGUGAGUUAGUGCCGGGGCGACAGAGGCACCUGACUUGCCCUGAAAACCAGUGUAGUGGCAGAGAUGAGACUCCAGGUGGGGCGCUCUCCAGACUCAGGGGGAUAACCACCCUUCUGCCCAGUUUCCCUCCCAAGGCUGGGACAGCCAGGGUGCAAACAGUGCGAGGCGUCAGGAAAUCCCACAAGUUUAAUUUCAGAACGAACGUGGAGAAGACACCAGAGGGGCGUGACGAGUCAGCCCGGAGGGGAGGUGGUUCUGGGAGAGCCGGAAGGCAUUCGAUGAAAUCCACCUGGCACCGGCACCCUGGAAGGAGGCCUGUGUGGCAGAGGGAGGAGCCGGCUCAGGAUGGUGGUCAAACUCUAGGGUCACCGUGUCAGGGAAGGCAGCCCUGUAGGAGGCACAAGGUCCCAGAGGUCCUGCCGUACCCAGACUGAGCAGGAGAGGCACGCACGCAUCCACUCCCUGACCCCGUGUGCCUGCAAAGCUGGAGUUGAGGGACUGAAGACCCCUCCUCCCUCUCUGGAGCUUUCUAAGGGUUCUUGGCUAACGGGGCCCCAUCUAACUUAUUUUCAAAGCCAAGCUCAGCCACCGUGCGCUCACUGCCCCCCGGGGCUAGGAAUUCCUGUCCUCCAGGCUUGCCGCUCCGCUUUCAGUCCAGGUGCGUGUGUUGUUUUGCAAUCUGUGGAUGUCUAAUAUAGCAUGGGGGGGGGCGGUGAAUGGGGCCUGGGCGGGGUCACGCUCUGCACUAGCUGCGGCCGGUGCUGGUGUGUGCAACAACUGAUGCACAUGCAGCAGCCCAAUCUCCCUCUGUCGGCAAGCCUGCAGGACUGACACUGUCCUGCUCUGUUAGGGUGGGAGAGGGAGGGCUCCUUAGCCCCUGUGCCACCUGCUCUCCACAAAUGUACAGGUAAAUCGCAGAACUGCGCAGAGGGAACAGGGGAGGUGGCUGCUGGUGCCUCCCAGCCGAGAAGGAAAAUGAGCUAGGGGGUGGCACUCCUGAGCCAGGCUGGGGUGCAAAUCAGAGGAACAAGAAGACAAACGAGCCUGGGCAGGCCCAGUGCUGCCUGGGUGGCGCAGGGGCCCGAGCCCUCCCCCAAACCAUCAACGGGACGGUCCCACCUGGAGCAGGGCGCUCUGGGCCUGCCCUAGGCAGUGCUGUCCGAGAAGGCCAGUGCGAGGUUGUAGUUGUGACUGCUCAUGGCACCACAGGCCAGGCGGCAGAUGGGGAGAGUACUCUGAAACGCCAGUUGGUCCACCGCAAAUGCGUAGGCGUGGAUCAGCCCCCGGUGUCUGGAGAGAGCACAAGACGACAACAGGUCAGGGCCACACUCCCCCCUCCCCUCACCCUCGUGGCUUGUCUGUGCAGGAGUCACCAGGGCCAGACACCGCACGCACAGAGGGUCAGCCUUGGAGACAGCCACAGGAAGGGGUGUCAAGUAAUAAAGAGCCCCCUCUACUGGGUACAGUCACGCCACUGUCUCUAUACAGGGGGACUUUUUCAGCUCAUGGGAAAGUGGAAUUAAAGCUUGGUGCCAAAUUGUUGAAAUUAAUGCAUUUUUUUGGUAAUACACAUUUUGAAGACUCCCUGCUUCAUUUCUAUGGAAAGAACGACCCUGCCGAAGACGCAGCUGUACAGUGUUCCUGACCGUGUACAGGCGGGGCCCGGCCCAGCCCAGCUCACCUCCUGUGCGUGGCGGAGUUGUCCAGGUCAGCGUUGCGCACCACCCGCUCGCAGGGCACGUUGGCUGUGAUGAGGCUGUGGCUAUUAAAGGAGAUGUGCCGCACAGGGUGCCUGCAUGGGGAGACAUCACAGCUGAGGGGGGACACAGGGCCCUGCCCCCCUGAGCAAGGCCACAUUCUGGGCGUGCAUCCCCCUCACAACCUAGUGUUUCAGAUCUAAAUUGGCACCUGCGCAGGGGGCCACAGCAGCACAACUAGAAAGCCUGGGAAAGAAUCGUCUUCCGUCCUGCUUGGAGGACUCUGUUCCUCCUGAAAACUUGAGCAGACACCGUGCCACACGCAGGGGCACGCCUGCCCUCAGCGCCCUUCCUGACUGUUCCAGAAGGUCAGGGGUGCCCCACUGCUGAGGGGGCGCAGCCCUGGGAGGACAAGGCAGCACAGCCACUGAAGGGUCCCCGGAGCACUGUAGGCGUGGGGGCAGCCUCCGGCUCCAACUCCGGAUGGGCCCUGUGCACGGCUAGGGACAAGCUACUGGCAGUGAAGGCGCAAGACCAUCCCCCUGGGGAGGGCCCCGCAGCCUGGGGCUUCACCUGGAUGGUCCAACUGAGCUCUGACGGGGACUUACGAGGGUGCAGAUGAGGCUGGAAUUAGUGUGGGGGUUUACUUGCCUUUGGCACCACCUGGUGGCAACUCAGUGCAUCAUUAAGGAAAUCAGAAAAAGGGCCUAGGAAGCCGUUUGCAGAGUAAGGUGGAGCUGGGUGGGGUGGAUGCCACGCAGGGCUUGGAGCAGGGCAAAGCUGCUGAGGCUCCCAGGCGGAGCCCUCGCUGGCCUUGCUGAUCCUCUCCUUCAGGACGACACUCACGGCCCCUGGCACCACCAAGACUACCUUGGAGGUGCUGCUGGGGACAAGACCUGUCCCACAGACACUGGCAUCAAAGGCUGAGAGGACAAGUCCUCCUGCAGUGAGGCCCUGCUCACCAGGGGGCGGUGUGGGCCUGGGCGCACAGUCUCAGCUUCCUGCGCUUGUGUUACUCUUCUCGAGACAGCCCUCUGGCUGGGCAUGGACCAGGCCGUUUCAGUGCGGAGUGGAGUUGGGGCACGGGGCACUCAGCACAGUGUCCGGCCCGGGCUGACCAGUGCCCCUCCUACAGCCACAGAGGAACUACCUUACCUAGAAUGCACCUCCCAGAGCUUCUGGUUCAUGCGGUAAUCCCACACAGAGACCAGGCCUUCCUCGCCGCCGCUGACAAUCUUCCAGUCAUCCAUCUGCACUGCAGAGACCCCAAGCUGGUGGGCGGAGAGCGACAGCGCAAUUUUAUCAGUGCGGAGGUCAUGGAUCCUCACCCUGGAAGGCCACAGAACAACAACAGGACCGAAGUUAAAGGCUGCGCUCCCAAACUCCUGUGCGUGCUAGUUGCUGUGUGCACACUUCUGGAGGCAUCUGCUACUCGGUGCAAAAAGUGAUGAAACCCACAGGGAGUGGCUACUCCGGAGCCCCAGAACUGCUCCCCAGCCUGGGAAAGAAGGACCGCUCCCAGACUCUUUCGAUGAAGCAGGCAUCCUAGGCCCCAACACCUGACAGUGCAGGCGGCAUAAAAGCAAACACAGAUGCGAAUCAAACAUCAGCUAAGUGAACCUGCAGCCAUGCUGCUGGCAAGCAGAAGCCGAGACACUGGAAAGAAACCUGAUGACACAGAAAACCAUUCCUAAUGACAGUUCUGUUACACAAAGUACUGAUGCAUGGUUACUGUACGACUGUACACUGUUUUAAAAUUAGACUCAAGAUCCAGAUAUUGCACUGUGGGCUGAUUUAUCAUCAAUUGCUACUCCACAAGAAUCCAGUAAGUCAGAAUCAACUAUAAAUUUAUACACCAAAAUAGCUGUCUCAUGUACAUGCAACCACUACUUUAAAAAAUGAAAAAAAUCCCACCUACAAUAGCAAUUAAAGGCAAAAUAUAAUUUUCUCAACCUACCACAUCUUACACGGAAAUAAUUCCUAACUGUAUAUGAAGAUACUUUUUCCAUGGGGGGAACAAGCACAAGUCAAACAAUAAACUGAGAACGACGUGCAGAGAUAGCCCUGAGGCCGGGAGCUACAGAAGAGGGGGCUUCUGAUUCAGACCAUGGUCGACCUUCACUGCGAAUCCCUUAAACACUGCAAUGACAGACACCGGCACCCUUUACAUGCAUUGCGGACAGCUCAGGCUGCAUCCUCAGCGCCUGGGGGGGUGGUGGUGUCAGGAGCUGGGAUGAGGACGACUGGGGUUCAGGUCUAAACAGGAUGCAAGGACGGUCUCUCAGACGGGGGCCCAGCUGAUGGGGGAGGAGGUAUCGAAAAAACUGCCAAGUGAAGCUUCAUUUCCCUGAAAUGGAACUCAGGACGGAGUUACCGCCUCACAUUUUUCACAUGUAAAGGAAGCGGCUCAGGCAGUUCCACACGACCUUCUAGAAGCCGAGUGUGCAGCAAUGAAGCCGUAUCCAAGGAGCUACAACUUGUUGCACACGCAGGCUCAAUCAAAAAUACUCACCCAAUGGAAGGAUGAAAACGAGAAACUACCAAGGGGACUUAAGAGCAGCUUGAGGGGAAAGAGAGCACCUGUGAAGGACACUAGCAUUAGACAGAGAUCAACAUUUACACUGUCGUGACCUGGAACGAUGGGACAGUUAUCUAGGUCACCGACUGAGCACCAGGGAAUUAUGGGACAUCCAUGUAGAACAGGGUGCCUGUGAACAGUGCUGUCCCACGGGGCGCACCACCCGCUGACGGACACCAUGGUCACAACUGAGGUGGCAGCUCAGGAAGAGAGGAGCGCGGAGGAUGCACCCCCACCCCGCCCUGCCCCGCCACUGUGUGCUUCUGAGUUGCGCGCUACCUGCUUAACAUCCAAACUGCUGCAGAAGAAAUUUGAGGACUAAGUCCAGACGUUAAGAGCGGUCACCCUGGAAGGAGGAGGGCAGCAAAGGAGGCUUCUACUUCCCAUCCAGGACUCACCUGGUGCGUGGAGGGGUGGGGUGCUCUGUGCUGUCCGAGGUUGUCCAGGCACCUCAAAGGUAUGCUUUACUUCACAAACUCAGGAUCAUCGGUUUCUGAGUUUACUAAAACAACACGGAAACGGAGCUGGCCUCUGCACUAAGUCCUGGCUGGGCCGCGGCAACGCCUCAGUGCUCUGGGUGCAUCGAUCCUCUCCGGGGAGGGGCUGGGGCUGGAAGGGCCCAGACAGCAGCGUGCAGCAGCCGGGGAGAACAAAGCUCUCCCUGCUGGCACUACAGGACCCUGCACGAGAGGCAUGCAGGCUGCAGAAGGAGCUCAGCCUCGAGGCUGUGGCGGGAACCAUUUGAGCCCAAGCCCUUCUCAGUGCAUAUUUGGUUAAUAAGGGUCUACUCUGCCAUGGUGAUUUCCAUAAAGCACUCCUCUGUUGAAUAUUUAUACUCCACAAUUUACAGUUUGGCUGUCAAGGAGACAAAGGAAAACACAAAUUUGGUCCAGAAGUUCAAAGUUUGCCAUCUGUUUUCCUAUUGUAUUUAGAUACCAGCAUGGAUGGCUCCAAACAAAAUAAACAAAUACACCAAAAAUACA